GAUUUAUUCCAGCCUUCAGGCCAUAUCACAUCCUCACUCACAAUGCAUUUCUCCUUUGCAAUUUUCCUCAUCGUCGUAGCUCAGAUGGCGUCAUCAAGCUCUGCCACGCCCAUUCAGGGUGAGAAUCCUGCGAGCAACGAUUGUCCCGUCUUUUGUGCCCGCAAACGCCAAUGCCACUUCUGUGAAGGGAAGAAUUGCGUGAGUUAUAGUGGUUUGUGUCCCGGAUUUAACCAUGACUCAUCGACACGGCAGUUGCUUAUAUGUAUUGUGAGUAGUGUUUCUGCUUUCAGCACCGGUGCAGUAUGGUUCAUGACACUGACGCGCGAGUCACUAGU